AUGGGAUGCGCCUCCUCCAAACGGGUAGAAGUAGCCGCCUUAGAUUACAAGCCGGCGCCGGCCAGCUUCGCCGUGUUCAACAUCAAUGGCAUCCAAGAGCCCUGGCUCGGUCUGGAGAACGCAACUUCACAGCAAGAGGAAAAACCAGUACACGUGCCCGCGCAAAUCCUCGACAAGCUCGACGAGUCCGACGCCGCAGCGCCGCAAACGUGGGACGAGGUGAGUAAGGCGUUAGAGAAUCUCAAACCCAAGCUCAGCCCACAGCCAAGCCCAGCACCGCCGCCGGUGGCCAAGAAGGAAGAGGAGCGGAGGAAGCCGCGUAAGAGCUUGUCUUUCGACUCCUUCCACACUCUAGAAGAGCUCGACAACAAGCUAACCGCUCCGAAAGGGAACGGUUUGAAGAAGAGCGAGUCCAUGCGUUCCUUGCAGUGGAAGAAACCGGAGUUAAACCGGUCCGAAAUGACAUCGCCAGACACACAAACUGAAACCGGAGUUGUUAGGUCAGUGAAGGAGAACAUAUUCAUAAAGAGAGACAGAAUGGAGAGGCAGAAGGAAGGGCAGGUGGCGGUGAUAGACAAACUGAUAAGCCUGAGAGACCCGCUGAGCGACUACCCGGAGAAAUGUCCGCCGGGGGGAGCUGACUCCGUGGUGAUCUACACGACGUCGUUGCGUGGAGUACGGCGGACGUACGAGGACUGCCAGAGAGUGAAGUCGGUGUUUGACGUGAACAGGCUGGUGUACGAUGAGCGUGACGUGGCGUUGCACGGCGAGUUUCUGACGGAGCUGAAGGGUUUGGUGGGGGAGGGGUUAGGGGUGCCUAGGGUUUUUGUGAAGGGGAGAUAUGUGGGGGGAGUGGAGGAGGUGGUGGAGUUGAAUGAGAGUGGAAGGUUGGGGAGGAUAGUGAAGUGGGCACGUGUGGAGAGAGGGGCAGGGUUUCAAGCGUGCGGCGGUUGCGGCGGGGCGAGGUUUGUGCCGUGCAUGGAGUGUGGGGGGAGUUGUAAGGUGUUGGUUGGGGAUAAGAAGGAGAGGUGUGGAAAGUGUAAUGAGAAUGGGUUGGUUUACUGUGUGGCUUGCUGGUCUUUGGCAUGA